AUGUGUUCGAUACUGCUGCGACCGCUUGUCCGAUGCUCGCUGCCUCGCGCGGUAUUGACGACGCGGUAUGCUUCAUACGUGCUCGGAAUUGAGACCAGUUGCGACGACACGGCUGCAGCUGUGCUGACUCAAGACGGCCGAGUACUGAGCAGCGUCGUGUCGUCCCAAUGGGAGCUCAAUGCGACGUGGAAAGGGAUUGUGCCAGCACUGGCAGCUCGAGCGCACGCUGACAAUCUAUCGCACGUGAUCAACGCGGCUAUGGAGCAGAGCGGACUGACCAGCGUGCAGCAACUGUCGGCUGUGGCAGUGACAUCAGGCCCAGGACUUGCACCAUGUCUUGACGUGGGCUUGCAGACAGCACGGCAAAUGUGUCUCGAGAAUCCGGACAUUGCGUUCUUACAGAUCAACCACUUGGAGGCUCAUGUCCUCGUGUCAAGACUACCUCGACUCGAGACACCUCGUCCGGAAUUCCCCUUUGUCGCUCUGCUUGUGUCUGGAGGUCACUGCUGCCUUGUCUUGGCAAAGGGUCUCGGCGACUAUGAGCUACUGGGCAAGACAGUUGAUGAUUCGAUUGGCGAAGCGUAUGACAAAGUCGCUCGCAUGCUGGAGAUCACUUCGUCAACCGGCCAAGGCGUACACGGGGGCAAGUUGAUUGAGGAAAUGGCUCGGCGUGGCAAUGACUGCGCUUUUCCAUUCACUGAGCCAAUGAAGCAUCGAAAGGAUUGCGACUUUUCCUACUCUGGAAUCAAGACUGCAAUGCUUCGGGAAGUGAAGAAGCUAGAUGCAAUCGACGAAAAGACCAAAGAAGACCUCUGCGCUUCUUUUCAGCGUACAGCAGUCGACCACUUGGUCACACGGACGCUUCGGGCGUGUCGAUGGAGCAAAGAACGCGUGGGAGACAGUCUAUCCACUCUUGUCGUAUGUGGUGGUGUGGCAUCGAACCAGUACCUCCGUCGCCGCAUGCAGACCGCAGCAGAGACCGAAGAGGUCGUGGCAGUCUUUCCUCCAGCCAAGUAUUGCACGGACAAUGGUGUUAUGGUUGCAUGGGCAGGGCUCGAGCGAUACGCCAAGGGCAUGCGCAGUGAGCCAGAGACUGCACGCUACCAGCCACGAUGGCCGCUCGAGACAUUGCACCCGAUGUAG